GGGGAGGCGUCCUCUUUUACCACAGCCUUUGUUUCAAGGGAAGGAAAUCAAUUCUGCUUGCCUCAAGACACCCUGCAGUCCCAGGGGGUGGAUUCAGUUUCCUAACCCAGGAUGAUGGUUUGGCCCAUUUAUUGAGCACUUACUAUGUUCCAGGAACGAUGUUAAACUCUCCAGGGGAAGGCAGGGCUGGGCUGUGGUUGCAAUGCAAGUUCCAGAGUCGGACAGGCUUAGGUUCAAAUCCUGGUCCCCCAUUCCCUGGCUGUGUACCCUCAGAAAAGAGUCUUACUCUCGCUGACUUUCUCUUUCUUUGUAAAAUGGGGGUACCCUGUUUCCAAAUGCUUUGAUAAUGAUAUGAUGUUCUCAUGUCGGUGACAGCUUCUUUCACUGAGCAUAAUGUUUUCAAGGUUCCACAAAUUGUUGAAAUGUUCAACAAAUGGGAGACUGUGAGCUCCGUGCAGCAGGGACCUGAUCCGUCUUGUUCCUGUAAUAUCCUCAGGAUGCCCCUCCACAUUCCUUUCGCCUUCCCACCUCCAGUCCUUCGCCCAUGCCAGCCCCUCCGCUUGAGACGCCUGUUCCUCUACUCAGAUCUCCACUGAUCAACAUCCUUCCUUCCCUCAAGGUCUGGCUCAAAGGCCACCUGCACCCAUCGGGAUGAUCUCUGUGCCUAGGUCCUCUCCUUGAUUCAGAUGGAAGACGCUUAGGCUACUGCGGGACAGCCUAAGAGUGCAACAGGAAAGUGGUUAAUUGCACGGGCUUAACUCUGGUCAGGUUACUUAACCUCUUUACACUUCAGUUUGCUUGUCUGUAAAAUGGGCUUAAUAAUGGGAUGUACCCCUAGGGGGUUCAAAUUAAGUAAUACACUUACAGUGGGGCCCAGCAUGUAAUGAGCCCCAAAUAAAUGUAGUAAACCCGUGUUGUCCUCACGGUAGCCACAAGCCACUGGGGUGAUUUAAAGUAGAGUAAAGUACAAUUAAUCAAAAUUCAGUUCAAUUCCAUUAAAACUUGAGUUUUUCAGUCUUAAGAACCAUAUUUCCCUUGUGACUAGAGGCUUCCAAUAGGACAACUCAGAUCAAGUUCAGCUGGACAGCGCUAUAGACGAUGACUGUAUGUGUACACAGGAGGUGCAACAUGCCCGUUUGUGGUCUGAGUCAGAAAAGGCAUUUAGGAGUAUCUCGGAAGGGCCACAGCUCCUAGAGGACCCCCCACACUCCUCCUGGCUCUCCCUGCCCCGAAAUAACUGGUGCACCUCACACUAGGGAUGCAAGCGAGAAAGGAGACUGGUGAGAAACAGGCAGGAUUAGAAGCUAAUGAGGGGGCAGAGGAGGAACCCGAUCUCCAGCAGUGCCAGCCAGGCGGGAAGUGGGACGGACAACAGCCAGGCACUUUGUAGAAAGAGGCUGGAAUGUGAAGUGGGGCGUGGCUGGGUGUGGGUUACCUAAGUCUCCCAUGUGCACAUGGUAGGCGCCUCCGAUGGAGGGGGAUGGCCACAGAUGGCUCCCCCCUCCUUCUGGGCCCCAUUCGGUCAGAAGCACAGAGCAAAGGAUGCGUCCAGCACUACCCCACAUUGGUCAGCCUAAAGAGGUCCUAGAGGGCCCAGGGUGGGGAUGCAGGAUGCCCUAGGAGCAGGACACUUGGGAGAGUUCUGGUAAGAGAGGCCUGGGCUAGCCCAGCUGUCGGGGCUGCAACUAGCCCAGGGGUAGUUUCAGCCCACGUGGACCUCUUCAAAGCCCGGAAGAUGUGGCUGUGUGAAUGUACUGUGGUCUUGAGCAGAGGCACUCCUAGUUUCUUUAAAGACAGUCAUUGACAAUGACUGCCAUUUGAUGGGGACUCUGCCCCCUCAAAGCUUACAACACCUAGAGGAGAAUAAUCCCUUAGACAUGUGCAGCCCUUGGCAGUCUGUCUGUCUCAUCAGAUUCUCGUUCCAGCCCUGUAAGGAAGACAGGGCACGGCCUGGUAGGCCCGUCCUAUGGAUGAGGCAAGGGACACUCAGAGGUAUCAUCUUGAAAGGGAGGUCAUAUAGGGGGAGUGGGGAGCAGGGUUGGGACUUGCAGGCACUCUAAUGGUAGGACACCAGGCCCAAUGACAGAAAUCAAAGCCUGGGGCAAUCCUCAGGGCUUGCACCUGACCUUGCAGUGAGGGAGGAUGCCCCUCACUGAUGAGGAGUUUGAAUUCCCAAGGAACACCCUCAGCGCUCCAAGGCCGUCGAUGCGUCCCACCUCCCUUGAGCCCAGAGGGUGCAGGAUCCUGGACAAGGACCCUCAUGCGCUCAUGACCUCAACGAUGGGAAGGGGGCAGCAGGGUGGGGGUGCUCAGCCUUUUCCCGUGUGGCAGGUAUGGGGCCAGCACCACACCGUAGGAUCUGAAAGAAAUCAAGAGAGGACACUUUAGAGUUUCAUUUGUCUGCCCCAGCUUGUCCCUUCUUGAAUACGGAUGCUUGUUGCAAAAGGUGUGAGCCUCCCACCCCACAAAGUGAAUGGACUGCUUGCUAGGCUCCUACCAUCAGAGCUGGGGCUGCCCUUGCACUAGGUGUGGGGUCUCUUGCUGAGUGAGAUGGGGAGACAGAGGAAGAGAAAGGGGGCCUGCGAGAGCAGUCCUGACUCUCCUGAAAUCCCCCUUCUAUGGGGGUCCUGGGGCACCCAGUCUCAUUCCCUCCACUGGCAGGGGACCUCCAGCAUGCCCUCCUGUGCCCGCCUGCCCCCAGCACCUUUCCCAGAGCCAAGCACAGGACCUCCCUUAAUCCCAGUUAUGUAAUGUGCAAUCCAACAGCCAGCCAAGGAGGAGGCGCCCGAGACCACGCCCAGGAGUGGGGGCAAAAGGCCCUGGCUGGGUCAGGGUUACAGAGCAGGCUAGCCUCUGUCUGCAGUGGCCUCUACUCCGUCAGCUUCGCCCAGCACCAUGAGCGGCCGAGUGGGAGAUUUGAGCCCCAAGCAGGCGGAGACCCUGGCUAAGUUCCGAGAAAAUGUCCAGGAUGUGUUGCCUGCCCUGCCCAACCCUGAUGACUAUUUCCUUCUGCGCUGGCUCCGAGCGCGGAGUUUUGACCUGCAGAAAUCAGAGGCCAUGCUCCGCAAGUACAUGGAAUUCCGGAAGACCAUGGACAUUGACCACAUCCUGGAUUGGCAGCCCCCUGAGGUCAUCCAGAAGUACAUGCCUGGGGGCCUAUGUGGCUAUGACCGUGACGGCUGCCCCGUGUGGUAUGACAUCGUUGGGCCGCUUGACCCAAAGGGCCUGCUCUUCUCAGUCACCAAGCAGGAUCUGCUCAAGACCAAGAUGAGGGACUGUGAGCGCAUCCUGCAUGAAUGUGACCUGCAGACAGAGCGGCUGGGGAAGAAGAUCGAGACCAUUGUGAUGAUCUUUGACUGUGAGGGACUGGGACUGAAGCAUUUCUGGAAACCUCUGGUGGAAGUGUACCAGGAGUUCUUUGGCCUCCUUGAAGAGAAUUACCCAGAGACCCUGAAGUUCAUGCUCAUUGUGAAAGCCACCAAACUGUUCCCUGUGGGCUACAACCUCAUGAAGCCCUUCCUGAGCGAGGACACCCGCAGAAAAAUCAUAGUGUUGGGAAACAACUGGAAGGAAGGUUUGCUGAAACUCAUCAAUCCUGAGGAACUGCCUGUUCAGUUUGGGGGAACACUGACUGACCCAGAUGGGAACCCCAAAUGUGUAACUAAGAUCAACUACGGUGGGGAGAUCCCCAAGUCCAUGUACGUGCGGGACCAGGUGAAGGCUCAGUACGAACACUCAGUGCAGAUCAGCCGCGGCUCCUCCCACCAGGUGGAGUACGAGAUCCUGUUCCCAGGCUGUGUCCUCAGGUGGCAGUUCUCAUCCGAUGGUGCAGACAUCGGCUUUGGGAUUUUCCUGAAGACCAAGAUGGGGGAGCGGCAGCGGGCGGGGGAGAUGACGGAGGUGCUGCCCAGCCAGCGCUACAACGCCCACAUGGUGCCGGAGGACGGCAGCCUCACCUGCUCGGAAGCCGGUGUCUACGUCCUGCGCUUUGACAACACCUAUAGCUUUGUCCACGCCAAGAAGGUCAGCUUCACAGUGGAGGUACUGCUUCCAGACGAGGGCAUGCAGAAGUACGACAAGGAGCUCACCCCUGUCUAGGCGGCUCCCUGACCCUCGGAGGGCCCUGGCCCCGUUCCUGCUCUCUCUCUGUGCUAGUCUCCCCUCAGAAAUCGAUCAUUAGUCCUCUUGACUCUGUGACAUUAGUGAGGAAAGAAAGAGCUACCUGGGGAAAGACAUAUGCUUUGUUCCGAUCAGCAGCCUGAGAGGAAGCCAAGUUUGCAUCAUAAGAGGAAGAGAAGAGGGUAACAGCAGGAGGUGGAUGUCACUGAAACCCAAGAAACAGGAAAAUGAAUCCCCUAGCGUUUGCCUUACUGCUCCUUAGGCAUUUGUGUGUGCUUGAGUACCUUCCUGAUGAGCUAUGAGAAACCUGGGUUGAGACUAUCCAAAUCCUUUCUACUUCUACCCUUUAGGUAGUAGAUGCCCCUUGUGUACUUGUGAAGUUGAAUGAAGGCAGGGGCAGGUGAUCGUGGGUGUGCAUGACAGAAAGGAGCCUACGGGGCAGAUUUCAGAACUCUGGACAGGGAUGGGACUGCGGCGGGGCUGAUCCAGCCCCCAGAUUCCUGGCAGGGGCUGCCCCCUUGGGUAGAUAGGAGAUGCCCCCAUGAGGUCUUGUCUGACUCCAGGCGCACAGCUUCCCUUACCCUCUGCUCUCUCCCUCACCCCCUUCCCUUGGAACUCACAGCCUGCUUUAAGUAAUUGAGAGAACUUUCCUGGAAGCAAAGGAAGUCACAUCUGGUUCUAGCUGCUACCUGGAAAUAAUAAUAAUAAUAAUAAAUUGCACCUAUUGUCUGGUGA